AUGAAAGUCAAGGCAGACAGGGAUGAGUCCUCUCCCUAUGCUGCCAUGCUUGCAGCACAAGGUGUUGCACAACGCUGCAAGGAGCUUGGAAUCACUGCUCUGCACAUUAAGUUGCGCGCAACUGGUGGUAACAAAAUGAAGACGCCCAGUCCAGGUGCCCAAUCUGCUCUCAGGGCCCUUGCUCGGUCUGGAAUGAAAAUUGGCCAUAUUGGUAACACUCCUAUACCUUUUUAUGAGCCUCUAACAAACUUGUCUUAG